GCCACACCAGAACUACCAGUUUGGGCAGUGUGUAAGUGGCCCUUGUACAGGCUAUAUCCCUGUCAUCUCCUCCUUUCCCAGCAAAUAAAUAGACUGGCCUCACUAGAUGCCAGCUAGGCCUAGCAGAGAAGCGCUGCAAGACUCUCAGCUGGGAGGGAAACUUGGAGGCCUGAACUGCUAAAGGAAAGCUAAGAUGGAGCUCAUCCCCAACCUUUCUAUACAAACCUGGGUGCUGCUGGUUACUAGCCUGGUGUUCUUCUACAUAUAUGGGACCUAUUCUCAUGGUCUCUUUAAGAAACUAGGAAUUCCUGGACCAAAACCUCUGCCUUUAUUUGGCAACAUUAUCAACUACCUUGAUGGCAUGUGGAAAUUUGAUGAUGAUUGCUAUAAAAAAUAUGGAAAAAUAUGGGGGUUUUAUGAGGGCCCACAGCCUAUAUUGGCUAUCAUGGAUCCAGAGAUCAUCAAAAUUGUGCUGGUGAAAGAAUGUUACUCAGUCUUCACAAACCGUCGGAUGUUCCCCAUCAUGAGACAGUAUGGAGAUAUAUUGGUGAGAAACUUGAGACGAGAAGAAGAGAAAGAGGAGCCCAUCAACAUGAAAGAUAUCUUUGGAGCUUAUAGCAUGGAUGUGAUCACUGGUACAUCAUGUGGAGUGAACAUCGAUUCCCUCAAUAAUCCACAGGAUCCCUUUGUGCAGAAAAUCAAGAAGAUCUUAAAAUUUAAAUUUUUUGAUCCAUUUCUUCUUUCUGUAGUUCUGUUUCCAUUUCUUACUCCAAUAUAUGAGAUGUUAAAUCUUUCCAUUUUUCCAAGACAGUCAAUGAACUUUUUCAAAAAAUUUGUAAAAAAGAUGAAGAAAGAUCGCCUUGAUUACAACCAGAAGAACCGAGUAGAUUUUCUACAACUGAUGAUGAAUACUCAGAACUCCAAAGGCCAAGAGUCCCUGAAAGCUCUUUCUGAUCUAGAAAUGGCAGCACAAACUCUUAUUUUUAUUUUCGGGGGCUAUGAUGGCACAAGCACCUCCAUUUCCUUCAUAAUGUAUGAACUGGCCACUCACCCUGAUGUGCAAAAGAAACUUCAGGAUGAGAUUGACAGAGCUUUGCCCAAUAAGGCACCUGUCACCUAUGAUGCCCUGAUGGACAUGGAGUACCUGGACAUGGUGGUGAAUGAAAGUCUAAGACUGUACCCAGUUGUUAGCAGGAUAGACAGGUUCUCAAAAAAAGAUGUGGAAAUUCAUGGAGUGUUUAUUCCCAAAGGGACAAUAGUUAUGAUACCAAUCUAUCCUCUUCAUCGGGACCCCGAGUACUGGCCAGAGCCUGAAGACUUCUGCCCUGAAAGGUUCAGCAAGGAGAACAAGGGCAACAUUGAUCCAUAUAUAUACAUGCCCUUUGGGAAUGGACCCAGGAACUGCAUAGGCAUGAGGUUUGCUCUCAUCAGCGUGAAACUUGCUGUCACAGGAGUCUUGCAGAACUUCACUGUCCAGCCUUGUGAGGAGACACAGAUCCCUGUGAAGAUCAGCAGGCAACCAAUUUUCCGACCAGAAAAACCCAUCAUCCUAAAGUUUGUGUCAAGAGAUAAACCCAGAACUGGACCGUGAAUUUCCUUCAGAAACCAUGUUAUAUUCUUCAAGGGGCUUGUGUCACAGAACACCAGAGAAUUUAAUUAACCUUAGAACAAGACCAACAUAAUAUGGGCAUAAUCCUCUUUCCUUGAUGACUAAGUAUUAAGAAACUCAUUGAACAUGCUCAGUGUCUCUGCAGUAUAUCAUCUAUUGUGUGAUUCAAAGGAAAUUAUUGACUCAAUGUUAGACGUGGAGAUUCAUCUUCUGAUUCUCGUGGGACCAUCUACACUUAUUCCAGUUAGUUCCAUCCAUUCUGAAUUCUAACUGCAGCAACUAUUUAUCUCUAGUUCUAUCAAUAGAAACCAUUGUAAUAACUGUUAGUAAAUGUGUAUCAAGUUUUCUCUAUGUAAAAUAUAUGAUAUUAAGAAUAUACAUAAAUAUAUCUUUCAA